CAUUCCCAGUUUACCUCUCCCUACUUCCUGGAACCAGCGCCCCCCCCCCCCAUUUUUCUCUAGCUUUCAGUCUUAAGGAAGACAGAAAGGCUUUGGGGAAAUGUAGUUCUUGAACUCAGCACUUAUAAGGUCUCCUUGCAUUCAGAUUUGUCUGAAUCUGAAUCUAAAAGCCUCAAGCUUUGUCUGAAUCUGAAUCUAAAAGCCUCAAGCUGGCCUAGGCCCUGACAGUCUCCAUUUCUCCCUCAAGUUACGAUUAAUUAGUGAGAAAUGGAUCUGUCUUCUUAUGCCUCGCCGGCAGCCAUUAUAGAAACUGUUGCGUCACAGCUAGCAUGCAGUCCAGUGGAUAAGGAAGUUGCUGUUCAGUUAGAUGAAGAAGAUGAACUAAAACACCUGCGUGCAUGUUUUCAUAUUCCCAGAGUGAAGGAUCUGCCUCCAACCAAUCUAGCCUUAGUGCAUAAGAAUGAGACCUGCGUCUACUUUGCUGGGAACUCUCUUGGUCUUCAGCCAAAGAAAGUUAAGACUUACUUGGAUGAAGAACUUGACAAGUGGGCUAAACUGGGUGUUCAUGGUCAUUUCACAGGGAAACGACCUUGGGCUUUAGGGGAUGAGUGCAUUGUGGAGCUUGUGGCUGAUAUUGUGGGGGCUCAUAAAGAAGAGGUAGCAUUAAUGAACGGCUUGACAGUUAAUCUGCAUCUCUUAAUGUUAUCAUUCUUUAAGCCUACCGCAGAUCGCUAUAAAAUCCUUCUGGAAGCCAAAGCUUUCCCCUCCGACCAUUACGCUGUUGAGUCUCAACUCCAAUUUCAUGGGCUAGAUAUGGAGAGCAGUAUGCUUAUGAUAGAACCACAAGAGGGGGAGGAGACCUUGAGAACUGAAGAUAUCCUUGCUGUAAUUGAGAAGGAAGGGGACUCUAUUGCCAUAAUUCUGUUCAGUGGUGUGCAGUACUACACAGGACAGCUGUUUGACAUCCCAAGAAUAACAAAGGCUGGUCAAGAGAAGGGCUGCUUUGUUGGAUUUGACCUGGCUCAUGCUGUAGGCAACGUAGAACUGCAUUUACACGAAUGGGGAGUAGACUUUGCCUGCUGGUGUUCCUAUAAGUAUCUCAAUUCGGGAGCAGGAGGUCUAGCCGGUGCUUUCAUUCAUGAGAAACAUUCCCAGACUGUAAAACCAACGCUGGUAGGAUGGUGGGGUCAUGACUUCAAAACCCGGUUUCUCAUGGAAAACAAAUUGCAACUGAGCCCUGGCAUCAAUGGAUUUCGACUAUCAAACCCUUCGAUUUUAUUGGUGUGCGCCCUCCAUGCUAGUUUAGAGGUAUUUGGUCAAACUACAAUGAAACUCCUGAGAAGGAAAUCCAUUCUUCUGACUGGUUACUUGGAAUAUUUGAUAAAGCAUUACUAUAGUGAAGAUACAAAUGACCCCGAGCAGCCCUUUGUAAGAAUAAUCACACCUUCCCAAAUUGAAGAAAGAGGAUGCCAGCUCACACUGGUCUUCUCAGUUCCAAUUAAGGAUAUUUUUAAAGAGUUGGAAAAAAGAGGUGUCGCUUGUGACAUUCGGGAACCCAAUGCUCUCCGUGUUGCCCCAGUUCCUCUCUACAAUUCUUUCCAUGACGUGCACAGAUUUAUUGAAAUCCUGGGAUCUGCAAUGGCAUCUGUAAAGCAAAGAACAAACACUGCAGCACUUUCCUGAUCUUACUGACGGUGCAGCUAUACUUUUUAAUCUCUUAUGAAGAUGCAUCAAUGCUUCUGAGCAAUUUUUGUUUGUUUGUUUGUUUCUCUUGGGCUGGGCUAUAUGUAUUCCACCCAUUUGCCCCAAAAGAUUAAUUUUGCUUGGAUAGUUAUUUACAAUAGAUACACUUUUUAUUAAAACUCAUUAUUUCUACUUAUUUGGACUCCAUAAAUUAAUAUGCUUUAUGUAUUUUAAUAGGGUUAGUCUUUAGCAUUCUAGAUACUUUCUUCAUUUAGAUAAUUCUGGUUUACUUCUGACAGGCGAAACAGAAAGACAGCUGCAAACCUAAUCUUUGUCUAAUGUCACUGUGUGGAAUAAGGCACUAUAUACAACUCUGUGGAUAUAACCUGCAUUGGAUUUUAAGCACAAUUUCUAUUAAAGGGAAUUUUAAUUUGC